GCAGCAGGCUUAGGGAUCAGGCUGUGAACAGGGCCGGCGGCCAAUGCGGCCGCUCUCCUCCCCAUGUUUGCCUUCGCUGCUUCCAUCCCUCCUUUUUGAUCUACAAAAUAGGAAGGUUUCCCCCAAACACCUCCAAAAUCUUCACUAUAUCUCUUUUUGGAUUACCUUCCUUCCUUGUUCACGUCCCUGCAAAUUAAUCCCCCAAAUCCCUAAUUUGCUUCUCUCUCUCUCUCUGUACAUAUACUAGAUUACAUUUAUAUGCAACUUUUGCUGCCAUAAACCGCUUAGCAUCUCUCAUGGCGUCUUCUUGCCCCUCUUCCGCCUUCGAUUCGGCCACCCACUCAUCGCCCUCGCCACCCAAACCCGCCGUCGCCAUCGCCUCCGACAGCACCUCCUCCAAUCGUAGCCCGCUAAACUCGUACUCUCCUUUUCCGAGGGUGAAGAGUUGCGAUGUCUAUCUUGGUUUCUGCGGCCGCCGGGCCCCCCUACUCCGCUUCGUGAAGUGGCUGCGAGCUGAGCUCGAGAUGCAGGGCUUGCGCUGCUUCGCCGUCGACCGGCGCAGGUGCCGCGAUGCCCACGCGCACAGCGUGGCCAAAGUGGCGAUGGACGCUGCGGCCGUCGGCGUGGUCCUCGUCACGAGGAAGUCGUUCUCCAACCCUUAUGUCGUGGAGGAGAUGCGGUGGUUCCUCGAGCGGAAGAACCUGGUUCCCGUCUUCUUCGGGCUGUCGCAGGGGGAUUGCACCGCGAGGGACGUAAUUGAGAGGAAAGGAGAAUUGUGGGAGAGAUUCGGAGGUCGGCUCUGGAAUGCGUACGGUGGCAUCGAGGAAGAUUGGAAGCAGGUGGUGGAUGGAGUCUCGCGCUCCGCCGUGAUGCUGGAAGUGAAUCCUGGCAACUUUAGGGACAGAAUCUUCGAUGCGGUAUUACUCUUGGGGACGCAAUUAGGCCGGAGGAGCAUGGUGGAGAAGGUGCAGAGGUGGAGGGAGAUGGCAGUGGAGGAACUCCCAUUUCCACGAAACAUUAAUUUUGUUGGAAGGAAGAGCGAGCUUGCCAAGCUCGAAAUGAUGCUAUUUGGAGACUUCGAAGGAAAUCCAGAGGAAUAUAUCGAGAUCAGAACUCGUGAUACACAUAGAAGAGACACUGUUAUGGCCAAAAAUAGCACGAGCAGCAGCGGAACACAGAAAGGAAGAAUAGCAAAGAAGAAUGUGGAGAUAAAGGCUAAGGGUAAGGAACCUGUUGUUUGGAAAGAAUCAGAGGAAGAGAUAGAGAUGCAGGGCACUUGGAGCAGUGAAUUGCCUGUGAGGCACAGAAGGACAAGAAAUGCAAUGAGUAUGUCAUAUCGAAGAGGUGUUGCCUGCAUCUGUGGUGACUCGGGCAUUGGCAAAACAGAGCUGUUGCUCGAGUUUGCAUACAAGUUCUCUCAGAGCUACAAAAGGGUAUUAUGGGUUGGUGGAGAGUCAAGAUAUCUCCGCCAAAACUACUUAAAGUUGUUGCCUUUGCUGGGCGUUGAUGUUGCCAUUGGGACCGAGAUGUUCUCACGAAGAAAUGGGCCAAGAAGCUUCAAGGAGCUGGAGGCAGAUGCUAUUGGAAAGGUGCGAAGGGAGCUCAUGCGAGACAUCCCUUUCCUUCUAGUGAUUGAUAACUUGGAAAGUGAGAAGGAUUGGUGGGAUGGGAGUAGCAUAAUGGAACUUUUGCCUCGUUUUGGUGGAGAGACACACAUUAUUAUCUCAUCUCGUCUUCCUCGAGUUCUGAAUAUCAUGCCCUUGAGGCUUUCGUACUUGUCUGCUGCAGAGGCAAUGAUCCUGAUGAAGGGGAGGGUAACGGAACUCCCAACAGAAGAUGCCAAUGCUCUGAGGAUCAUCGAAGAGAAACUAGGUAGGUUACCUCUGGGUCUAGCACUUGUAAGAGCAAUUGUAUCUGAGCUGCCGAUAGGUCCACUCAAACUAUUGGACAUGAUAAAUCAAGUGCCAUAUAGAGAACUGAAAUUUAGUAGGAAAGAAGAUCUCGUUAUGAAACAGAACCCUGCUCUUGUUCAGCUUCUAGAUGUGUGCUUUUCUAUAUUGGAUAAUGCACAGAAGCCUAGCAAGUUGGCCACAAAGAUGGUGGGCGUUAGCAAUUGGUUUGCACCAUCAGCGAUCCCAAUCUCCAUGCUGGCAAUUGCUGCAUCUGCAAAGCAUUGUCGCACAAGGUUUUUCAAAAGGUGCUUUCAUUUUCUUUCCUGCACAGCCAGAGAAUUGAAUGUUAAUAUUUCGGAAGCUGAAGCCUCAUCCACGCUAGUAAGGUUUUCGGUAGCAAGAGAAAGCACUAGAAUGGGACAUAUUUCUUUUCACAGUAUCAUUAAGAUCUAUGCCCGUGAAAGAGAUGAUAACAAUAGUGCAAUUUCAAUUAUAAAGGCAAUUGAGAAGGAAGGGAAUUUACAGGAACAUGCUGAUCAUAUAUGGUCAGCUUGCUUCUUGCUGUUUAAAUUUGGCAUAGAUCCUGGGGUUAUCGAUCUUCCAGAACGAGAUCUGUUGUCCUUCAUCAGAAGAUUUGCCCUGCCCCUAGCUUCACUCACUUUUACAAAUUUUUCCCUCUGCAAUGCUGCCCUAGAGCUUCUACGUGUAUCAACUGAAGCAUUGGAAGCCUUGGAGGAAUCUUUUCUGUCCAAAGCCACCACUGCUCAACAUAAAACUAAGUGCCCGAAGAAUCCCAGAGCAAAGUUGAUGCUACAAGGGGGACAAUAUGACAUCGGGGAGCAGCUUUGUAGGACUGCUGUUGGCAUCAAGGAGGUUAUAUAUGGCUGUGAACAUCCUCAAACACAGGCUACUCGUGAAACCAUGGAGAGACUUGUAUGGUUUCAGUCGAAAUUUUAAAUUGUCGGGCUAGUCUUUUUUUGUUUUUUUGACAGUAUGCAAUUGUACAGCUCAUAUACAUUCAACAUAAUCAAUACUCAUGGCUUUUCAGUUGCUGACA